AUUUUAAAUGCCAAGAAGAAGUGGAUCAUCUUCAAGAUCAAGACCAAGCCCAACAAGAAGCACAGCUACAGCAGCAAGACCAGCCCCUCAAGCUUAAGCUCCACCAUAAGCACCAGCAAGAUCAGGAGGAAUGUUUUCUGGCCUUGGAUCAACUUUGAUGUCAGGCAUGGCCUUUGGCGCAGGAUCUGAGGUAGCUCAUCAAGCUAUAAGAUCAGUCAUGGGAGGAUCAGGUAUGAUUUCUUAGUAAUUUAUCAAAGGUCAUUCUCAACCUGCUGAAUAACAAGCUUAAUAAGAAGCUCCAUAAUAACAAUAAUAAGUUUGUCAAAGUGAAAGCCAAAUGUUUUCGAAUGUAAAUUAUAUACUUAGGUUUUAGUGCUUGUAAACAAAUCAGGACAUUACAAGAUGCCAACCAUAUAUGGAUAUUUUCAAGGAAUGCUAAAAGAAAUACAAUUUAUGAUGAUUAAUUAUUGCAUUAAAUAUAUAGAACAAAAGAUAAUAUCC